GCAAAGACAUUUCCAAUUGGGUUGAUCAGUGUGACAGGUGCUUGAAGUUUAAAACACCCAACAACCAACGUGCGUCACUGGUCAACAUAUCAACUACUCAACCUCUUGAACUUGUAUGUGUGGAUUUUUUGACAUUAGAACCAGCCAAGGGUGGAAUUCAGAACAUAUUAGUUAUCACAGACCAUUUUACCAAAUUUGCAGUAGCUAUACCAACUAAAAACCAGACUGCCAAGACCACAGCAGAUGCAUUAUUAAAUCACUUCAUUAUCCCUUAUGGACUUCCAAGAAAAAUACAUUCUGACCAAGGAACAAAUUUUUCUAGUAAACUUAUUCAAGAAUUAUGUUUAAUUACAGGUAUCAGUAAGUCCAGAACCACACCAUACCACCCUAUGGGCAACGGUGUAACCGAAAGGUUCAACAGAACUCUCAUUUCCAUGCUUGGUACACUUGAGCCCGAACAGAAGUCCAACUGGAAAUCAUACAUUGGCCCAUUGAUCCAUGCGUACAAUGCCACCAAACAUGACACAACUGGAUUCUCGCCUUUUUAUCUCAUGUUUGGCAGAGAACCAAAUAUGCCAGUUGAUUUAGUGUUUGGGUUGGACAAUGGUGAGAGGAAUAAGAGUAUUUCCAGUUAUGUGAAAAACCUGAAAGAGCGAUUGAAGUUUGCCUACACCAUCGCUGGUACAGCAACAAAGAUUUGUCAAUCGAGGAACAAGGCCAUAUAUGACUCGAAGACAAAGGGAGUUUCGCUUGGUACUGGAGACAGGGUACUAGUGAAGGUGGUUGCAUAUGACGGGAAGCAUAAGAUCGCUGACCGUUGGGAGGAUCAUCCCUACAUAGUCAUAAGUCAACCUAUCACUGGUAUUCCUGUAUAUAAGGUAAGUAGGGAAGAUGGGGAAGGGAGAUGCAAGACUCUCCAUCGUAAUUUACUUCUCCCCAUUGGAACAAGGGUUCCAUCUCCAGUACCAAUGCCAGCACCAAGAACUAGAGUGAAGCGAAAGGAUACAUGUCCGGACAAUCAGUCCAUAUCACCAUCUUCAAAGGAUGUCGAUGAUGAUGAUGAAUCUGAGUAUUAUGUACUAGGUACCGGUACCAAGACUCAAAGAGACCAGAAUGUGGAGGACGCUCCAUUGUCCAUCAGUGAUAAAACUGAUGAAGAUGACCAAGGUCCAGAGUCAGUAGUUGACGAGGAAGAUCAAGAUGUUCAUGAAACGCUUCAUAACCUUGAUCCAGAAGAUCAUCUAGAAGUUUCCUCUGUCGAGGAAACAGAGUCUGUGAGAGAUUCUUCUGUUGAGGAGACAGAAAUAGACUCCGAAGAAGAUUCCACUCCCCAAAAGGCAACACAGAGAGUGUCAUCAAGAAACAGAGUCAGGCCAAAGUGGACAAAAGAUUAUGUAAUGUCCCAGCAAGUGCAGCCUCCGGAAUGGCUUCAAAGAGCUAAUUACCUGCAAAUACUUGCAACAACCGGAGUAUUCGACAAAAUUGAUAAAGAUUCUGCAAAAGCCCUGGUAACUAUCACCACAGGCAAGUAGUGUUUUAAUUU